UAUUCUGGAUGUGGUUGAACUGCAGACAUGGUCAAUGAAGGGUGUAAUUGACCUUAUCAUAAUUCAUUUAAUUGUAUUUCUAUGUUAUCAUUUCAUGCUUUUCCUUUAAGAAAUACAUGAUUUGAUGGCGUUCUUAUUGGAACCGGCCUUCGUAGCUUCCAGUGCUUUUCAUAUGCAGGUAGGUGUUCAAUUUAUUUCUUGGCAGCAGGUCGGCAAAUGAUGGCGGUUGGUGACAGUUAAUUGCAUUCUAGACGGUUCGAGCCAGUCAUGUCUUCUAUGGCAGCCUCGCGAGAAAGAUCGACUUCAGCUUCAUUCAGAUUCCAGAUUUUGUGUCAUAAGAUGAAGAGAGAUGUUCAAUUUGAGCAGGUUUUUAACCAGUUUGAUGAAGAUCAUGAUGGUAAGCUAUCUCCUUCCGAGCUUACGCGUUGUGUUGGCUUGAUUGGCGGUGAGCUGCCACUGAAGGAAGCAGAAGCUGUGGUGCAGCAGCUGGAUUCGGAUGGAGAUGGGUUGCUGAGUUUGGAGGAUUUUAUCAGAUUGAUGGAAGGAGAAGGGGGGGAGGGAGAAGAAGAGAAGAUGAAUGAAUUGAGAGAGGCUUUUGGGAUGUAUGAUAUGGAUGGUUGUGGGUUUAUCACACCCAAGAGCCUCAAGAGGAUGCUGAGCAGACUGGGUCAGAAAAAAUCAGUGGAUGAAUGCAGGGUGAUGAUUAAUCAGUUUGAUCUGAAUGGUGAUGGUGUGCUUAGCUUUGAUGAGUUCAAAGUUAUGAUGCUAUAAUCUUUGUAUGUACAACCUGAGUAAAAGUAAAAAAAAAAUAAUUAUUUUUUAAUUAAUGUGAAGUCAGAUGUCCUGAAUUUGACUGUCUGUCUUUUAAGUGGUUAAGGUAAAAGAACGGGAGUUUGGGUU